UUUCUCCUUCAUUUCCAUACUUGCUUCAUAUACUUCAUCUUCCAUCCAUAUUACAGGUUGAUCAUGUUAGGGAUUUACCGUUUUAGCCGUCUAAUAAUCGUUUUGUUAGGCUAAUUCAAGCUUCUAGCAAAAGCAUGACUAGGGUUACAUUCAUUCACGAUGAUCAUGGAAUUAAAACUCGACCGUUAACGUAACGGUCGUUCUGUAACGAGUUUUGGAUUUUUCGUUCCGCAAAACCAUUAUAUAAUGGUGCGACAAAAGUCACACCAUCCUGACUUCCUCCCCACGUCAUUCAUUAUAUAACGGUAAUUCGCAGCGUUUGGACUUUUUCCCCCCUAUUGCAACCGUUUUUUUGUACAAAUCGGCCAAAAUUAUUUAGUGAUAUGUUGAGUGUUUAUUUGUUCACAUGAAAUGUUCCUCGCUCGUAUUAGGAUAGGUUUGGUGAUCUACAGUGUUGAAAUAAUAUUUUUUAAACUUAAAAGUACUAACAUGCUUAAUGCCUCAUGUUAAUAUGAAGCGCUUUCGCGAUCGUAAGUUAUCACAAUGACGACCGUAUCCACGAUUUUUUUUUUUCUAAGGUUAAGUUACAUUUCACCAUCACAACGUUCUCAAUUAUCGCGCCUCUUACGAGUUAUGACGGCCUUUAAAUAUUAAAGCACCUACUCUCUCCGUCCCUAAAUAAUGCACACACCAUUUAUCACAUACAUUUUCCAUAUAUGUUAAGAAAUAAAAAUCAUAAUUACGUUUAGGAAAUAUAAGUAUAUUUUUUGGUGGAAACGUUUAUAUUUUUUUUGGUGGAAAAGUUUUUAGGAAAUAUAAUAUUUUACUCCUUAAUAAACAUAUCUACCAAGUUUAGGAAAGUGUAAUUUCCUAGGUUCUUCUCCUCCAACCCAUAUUAAACCCUACAAAUAAACAUAAUCUCACCCUUAAUUAAUCCCAUCUCAUAAUUAAACCUCAACAAAAAAAAAAAAAAAACCCUCGCCUCAAAAUCAUCUCACCAUGCCUUCAACAAAUCUACUCCUUCAAGAACCAAUCAGAAUGGCAUCGAUUCUCGAGCCAUCAAAAUCAUCAUUCUUCCCUGCAAUGUCCAAGAUUAUCGGAACACUCGGCCCACGGUCGGAUUCCGUCGAAACCAUAUCCUGUCUCCUUAACGCCGGCAUGUCAGUAGCCAGGUUUGACAUCUCUUGCGGAGACAUCAACACUCACAGUACCACUGUCGGGAAUCUGAAGACAGCCAUUAAAGCGACAAGGAAACACUGCGCCGUCAUGUUGGACACUGUCGGACCGGAGUUACAGGUCGUUAACAGAACCGGGAAAGAAAUCUCACUGAAGGAAAACGACGUCGUUACCCUCACCCCUGAUGAGGUGGAGGUGACGUCAGAUGUGUUACCUGUUAAUUUUAACGGACUGUCAAAAAUGGUGAAAAAGGGAGAUAUGAUUUUCAUGGGGAAGUAUCUGUUUAACGGGAGUGAAACGACAUCGUUAUGGUUGGAGGUGAGUGAUGUGGCGGGUGUGGAUGUGACGUGCGUGAUUAAAAACUCCGCUACAUUAGACGGUGAACUCUUCACUCUGCACGUUUCCCGAGUCCGUAUCGAAAUGCCUACACUCUCGGACAAGGAUAAAGAAGUAAUAUCCACCUGGGGUGUGGAAAACAAGAUCGAUUUCCUGUCACUGUCGUACACCCGUGACGCGGGAGAUGUACGUCAAGCGCGUACACUACUAUCGAGCUUAUCUGAACUUAACCAGACUCAGAUCUUCGCUAAGAUCGAGACAAUAGAAGGGUUAACACAUUUUGAUGAGAUUUUACAAGAAGCUGAUGGGAUUAUUCUGUCGAGGGGUAAUUUAGGGAUUGAUCUACCACCUGAGAAGGUGUUUUUGUUUCAGAAAGCGGCUCUAUAUAAGUGUAACAUGGCAGGGAAACCUGCUGUUGUUACACGAGUUGUUGACAGCAUGACGAAUAACCUAAGACCAACGCGUGCUGAAGCGACUGAUGUUGCUAACGCCGUGUUAGACGGUUGUGAUGGCAUCCUUCUCGGGGCCGAAACACAUCGGGGUUUGUACCCUGUUGAUGCUGUCAGAACUGUUGACAGGAUCUGUUUCGAGGCUGAAAAGGUUUUCAAUCAAGAACAGUAUUUCAAAAAAGCUGUUAAGCAUGUAGGUCACAGUAUGUCUCAUUUGGAAUCUAUCAGUUGUUCGGCGGUUCAGGCGGCGUUGAAGGUGAAGGCGUCUGCGAUUAUCUGUUUCACUUCUUCCGGGAAGGCGGCGAGGUUGCUUGCUAAGUAUCGGCCGCCAAUGCCGAUAUUGUCGGUCGUUAUCCCGAGGGUUAGGACGACUGAUCAGCUGAAAUGGAGUUUUACUGGUUUGUUUGAAGCUAGACAGUCGUUGAUUGUCAGAGGGAUUUUCCCUAUGUUGGCUGAUCCCGGACAUCCGGCUGAGUCGAAGAGCGAGUCUGAUGAGUCUGUGUUGAAGGUUGCGGUUGAUCAUGGGAAGAAGUUGGGGAUUAUUAAGUCAAAUGAUCGAGUUGUUGUGUGCCAGAAACUUGGGGAUUCUUAUGUUGUUAAGAUCAUUGAGUUGGAGAAUUAGUUGGCAUAAUCUUUACAAAACUAGUUUAAGAGAAUAGGUUUUAGUUGGCAUAAUGUUUAAUUUAUCAAAACAAUUUUGUCUUUAUUAAUAGUCUUUUAAAUUGAGUUUCAUUAAGGUAAUGGUAAAUGGUUUAUGAGAAUGCUUAGCUUUUAUGUUGUUAACUUAUUACGCAGUA